AUGGUAAACAUACUUGAAGUUCAGUGUAAAGGAUGCUCUGGCGCACCGAAAAAGUUUGAAGACGAAGAAUUGGAGGCAUUACUGCAUGAAGACUCAUGUCAGAUGCUAGCUGAACUUGCAGAAUCAGGACCCAGCUUGUUGAAAGUCCUCAUCAGAUGUUUCGGCUUCAAAACCUUACUGUAUGGGAUCUUUAUGGCCGUCAUGGACAUCUUGCUUAGGGUGCUGCAACCAUUACUGUUGGGUCAGAUGUUACUUUACUUUAACACCACGGACGUCGACAAGUCCUAUGCGUACGGAUACGCCGUUGGAGUCAUUCUAUGCUCCGCUCUUAACGUGUUCGUUAUCCAUCCGUACACGAUAGGUAUGUUGCACAUGGGCAUGAAAGUCCGCGUGGCCUGCUGUUCACUAAUCUAUCGCAAGACGUUGAAGCUGACCAAAACCGCGCUGGGCGAGACGACAAUCGGCCAGGCAGUCAAUUUGCUGUCUAAUGAUGUCAACAGAUUCGAUAUCAGUAUCAUAUUUCUCCAUUAUCUGUGGCUCGGGCCUUUGGAGACCAUCAUCAUGACGUACGUAAUGUACGACAUAAUCGACGUCGGAGUAUCGUCUGUCAUCGGUGUCGCUUUUCUGCUGAUGUUCAUCCCUUUACAAGGAUGGUUAGGCAAAAAAUCAUCAGAACUGAGAUUAAAAACCGCCAUCAGGACCGACGCAAGGGUGCGAUUGACGAAUGAAAUCAUAAGUGGAAUCCAAGCCAUCAAAAUGUAUACCUGGGAGAAUCCGUUCAGCGCGCUCAUACAAAAAGCAAGAAAGAAGGAAGUUAAUGUCAUCCGAUGGGUUUCGUACAUUAGAGGUGUCACCAUGUCGUUCAUCAUGUUCACCACAAGGAUGUCGCUGUUCAUCACGGUGCUGGCUUACGUGCUAUUCGGCUACAAGGUAACGGCCGAGAAAGUGUUCGUAGUAACUGCCUAUUACAACAGCUUACGCACAACUAUGACUGUUCUCUUUCCGCAAGGAAUAACACAGGUAGCAGAAGCGAGAGUGUCCAUAAAAAGAUUGCAGAAGUUCUUGAUGUAUGACGAAAUGACAGCUUCUGAGAUCGAAGCAAAGAAGUACAACAAGGAAAAUAAUAAGGAGGACGCAAAAGAUGACAAGAAUGCAAAGGAGUAUAAUCAACAGGACGUAAAAGAGAAUAAUAUGGAAAAUUCGAAGGAAAACUUCGCGCAGAAAAAAAACGAUAUGCACCAGCAGAACAAUGUCGAGUAUAGCAUUUCCAUCGAAAACGGAAACGCUAAAUGGCUGGAUUAUGAACGAGAAGACACCUUACAGAGUAUCAACAUGAAAGUGCGUCCCGGUGAACUAAUCGUUGUUGUCGGCCAAGUCGGCGCGGGCAAGAGCAGUUUGUUGAACGUCAUCCUGAAAGAAUUGCGUUUACAAGAAGGUUCCAUUAAAGUUAACGGCAAGAUUGCCUAUGCCAGUCAAGAACCGUGGCUUUUCGCAGGUUCGGUGAGACAAAAUAUUCUGUUCGGAAGAAAGAUGGAUCAGGUUCGAUAUUGAAAAGUUUUGUGUUGCAUAAAUAGUUAUAAAAAGCAUAUCAGUCAUAUUGAUAAAGCGCUGAUAUUUUACAGAAUAAAUUUGGCGAGAGCAGUUUAUGCUGAUGCCGACAUAUAUCUCAUGGAUGAUCCUUUGAGCGCCGUGGACGCUCAUGUGGGCAAACACAUGUUUGAAGAAUGCAUCGACAAAUAUUUACGAGGCAAGACUCGGAUUCUCGUCACUCAUCAAUUGCAAUAUCUUCGCGAUGUCGGUAGAAUUAUCGUUCUAAAGGACGGAGCUAUCCAGGCUGAAGGCACUUAUGACGAGCUGGGAUCCAUGGGUGUGGACUUCGGUCGGUUGCUGGAAAAUCAAGCAAAAACGGAUGAAACAUCCUCUCGACCUCCCUCGACCACCGUUAGCCGCAGUAAUUCUCCACGUUCGCCGGUGUUUGCUCACCUAAGCGCGACACUUCAAGGGUUGUCGACGAUUCGCGCGUUUGGGGCGGAAGCGAUUCUCACAAAGGAAUUUGAUAAUUAUCAGGAUAUUCAUUCGUCCGCAUGGUAUAUCUUUAUCUCGACCUCGCGCGCCUUCGGUUUUUGGCUGGAUGUUUUCUGUGUACUGUACAUCACGUUGGUCACGCUGAGCUUUCUCGUGCUAGACAACUACAGUCAAGGUUCAAUGGAUGGCGGAUUUGUAGGCCUGGCGAUCACGCAGAGUAUCGGUCUCACCGGCAUGUUCCAGUGGGGCAUGCGUCAGAGCGCAGAAUUGGAGAACCAAAUGACUUCGGUGGAGCGCAUCCUUGAAUACAACAAAGUGGACAGCGAGCCUCCUCUCGAAAGUGCUCCUGGUAAAAAGCCCAAGUCCGAAUGGCCGCAGGAAG